AACUUUCUAUCGUACAGGCGGGGCCCCUCUGUUCUUUGGGCUUCCUGUGUUGCCUGAGUAACCGUACCCCCUUUCCAAUAUGGCGGCUUCUGAUGUUAGGUGUUGAAUCACAUGUGCAAGUUAGAAACGAUCUUCAAGCCUUACCAUAACUUUUCAGCGAUUCCUCUUAUUGAACAUCUCAGAGGUCGCUUCUCCUAAAUCCAUUUCCCACCGUCAAACCUGCAAACAAGAUGGCAGACUGGGACGAAGAAGGCUGCGAUAUCCGCCAAACAUUCCCACCAAAGUCCGAUGAGUACGAAAGAAAGCCUGCUUUUGGUCGUGGAAGAGCAAGAAAUAGAGACGAAGGGGAUUUUGGAAGUCGUUUUCGUUCUGAUAGACCUCAAGGUGGUCGAGGUGGUUUUGGAAGGUAUAGAGGAGGUCGUAGUGACGGUGACAAUACGAACUGGAGAAGUCGAGAGCCAGCCCGUGAACCACGUGGCUUCGUGUCAAAUCGCCGGACUGAAGUCAUAAACGUAGACUGUGACUGUGUUGGUCGUAUUAUCGGUAAAGGUGGAUCAACAAUCAGGGAUAUACAGGACAAAAGUGGAGCACACGUCAGGAUCAGAAGAGAUGACGCAACAUCUUUUGAUCAGCCAAUUGAAAUAACAGGAGAUGAAGAAGCAAUAAACAAGGCAAAACAACUAAUAGAUGAAAUCCAAAACCCUGUGUCACAUCAAUAUAAGCCACCGGCAGAACCAGAUCCAAGUGCACCUAAAAUAUCAUUUGCUGAUAUUCAUGCUGUAAGAGAAGAAAAUGCCAGAACAAAAUGGUUAGGUUUACCUCCUAUCAAGAAGUUUUUCUACAAUGAAUUAGACGUAGUGAAAUAUAGAGACCCUGAUGAAGUUGAACAGAUAAGACUAAUGAAAAAUAACAUUAUGGUUGAAAACUAUGGUGAGACUGUACAAGAUAGAUUUAUUCCUAAUCCUGUGAAAACCUUUGAAGAAGCUUUCCAAGACUAUCCUGAUAUUCUUAGAGAAAUCAAAAAGGCUGGGUUUACGACUCCGUCUCCAAUCCAGUGCCAGGCAUGGCCAGUCAUAAUGUCUGGACUGGAUCUAAUUGGUAUUGCCCAGACAGGUACUGGCAAAACCUUGGCAUUCUUACUUCCUGCAUUCCUUCAUAUUGAUGGACAAGAUGUACCUCGUGACAAAAGGGAAGGCCCUUCUGUGUUGGUGCUAUCCCCCACACGUGAGCUGGCUCUACAAAUAGAAGAUGAAGUGAAAAAGUAUCACUACAAAGGAAUUAGAAGUGUUUGCGUCUAUGGUGGUGGAAAUAGAAGAAAUCAGAUACAGGUUGUAACAGAUGGUGUUGAAAUAGUUAUUGCCACCCCAGGAAGACUAAACGACCUCCUCAUGAAUGAAAUUCUCUCAGUUCGAAGUGUAACAUAUUUGGUUCUUGAUGAAGCUGAUCGUAUGUUAGACAUGGGUUUUGAACCAGAGAUCAAAAAAAUUCUGCUUGACAUUAGACCUGACCGUCAAACUGUCAUGACUAGUGCAACUUGGCCUCCUGGUGUUCAGCGCAUGGCAGACCAGUACAUGACGGACCCAGUGAGAGUGUUUGUUGGCAGCUUGGACUUAAAUGCCUGUGAAAAUGUUACUCAGCUGGUUGAAGAAGUUGAACAAGAAGACAAGAAAGCGAGAAGUAUUGAAUUUAUUGAUACUAUGGGCCCUGAAGACAAAGUUUUGAUAUUUGUAGGGAAAAAAAUAAUGGCGGAUGACUUGGCCAGUGAUUUCAUGUUGAAAGGUCUCACUGGUAUCCAGUGUAUCCAUGGCGACAGAGAGCAGUGUGAUCGAGAGCAGGCACUUGAUGACUUCAAGAGAGGAUUAGCACAUGUUCUGAUUGCUACUGAUGUAGCUUCACGUGGUCUGGAUAUCAAGGAUGUGACGUUUGUAUUGAAUUAUGACUUUCCUCGUGGGAUUGAGGAUUAUGUUCACAGAGUUGGUCGAACAGGCAGAGCAGGACGAAAAGGCACAGCUUUGACGUUCAUUACCAGGAAUGACUGGAAUUAUGCACAUAAACUGAUCAACAUCAUGAUCAAGGCAAAUCAGGCUGUUCCUGAUUUUCUGCAUGACAUGGCCAAACGUUAUGAAGAAUACAGAGAACGAAACGGCUACAAUUCCUUUGAAGGAGGAGAGAGACGAGGAGGAGGAGGUGACGGCUGCUUCAAAUGUGGCCAACCAGGACACUUUGCUAGAGAAUGUCCCAAUAAUCCAGACGGUAACACAAGAGGUAGAAGUGGUGGCCGAGGAGGCAGAAGAGGGCGUGGUCGGGCAAGCUUUGUAGAUGGGUUUGAAGGAGUCACAAGGGAUUUCAGCGGUCGUCGAAGUAAGGACCGUGAUAACUUCGGUGGUUGGGUCUGAACGUGAACUUGGUCCGCACUUUGUGUAUAUGGAUUUUCUGAAGGAGAAAUUCAUAUUAUUUUCAUGUAUUUUAUGCGGGAGCAUGAAGCCAGUAUCAAGGUGUUUAAUUUUCCAACAGUUGCUCAAUAGGCGCGAAAAAGGAAUCUGUCUACUCGCUAGUGGAUUAGCCAUCGAUAUCAUACAUGUUAUUUCUCGCCUGUUUGAGAAAAACGACAAUUAGUAAUUUCACUUUUUUUGUACUCUUCAAUAACAUCAUUGCAGUAAAACACCGCGUAUAGGAAGUUGACUGAAUCAGCCUCUCUAGGUUCUUAAAUGGGUUCGUAUUGUAUUGAUGGGUGUGGCAUUUUAGAUGAAAUUAAAUAAUUUAAGGAUUAAGUUAAGGAUAUUCAGGCUGAAACGACUGUUUAGAAUUAAACGUUCGACAUCGACUUCCACGCAGUGUUUUAUCGUACUGGGAAGUUUUGUUCAAUCUUUGUAUUCUUACAUGGAUAGACUAAUUAAUUGUAAAAAAAGAGAUUAUUUCCAUUGAGAAUUAUAUGAGAUAUAAAUUUAUAAUUUUAUAAUUAUGAUGAUUGUAAAAGUUGUACGUUGACAGAGAUUCUUCAUAAAAAAAUGUUAUUCUGAGAAAUAUAAAAGUUUAUGUCUCAGCAGAAAUAAAAUCCUAAGGGUGA